AUGGAAUCGCGUGAUUCCUCGCAUUUUACGGAUACAUUUUAUGAUUGGUUAACAGAGAACACGGAUAUUGUACGUUAUCUUCAAAUUGAUUCAUUGAAUAUUCCGAGAGAUCCUGUUGCGUACGAUAUAUUCCUAAAAGAGAAAGAAUCUUCGCAGUUAUUGAUAUUGUCGGCAAUAACAAACUUUUUAAAUCUUACAAUGCGUCGUCAAAAACCAAAAAAAACUUUAGACUUUCCGCCACCUCCACCAAAUUCAUCUAAAUCAGUAGAGAUGGCUACAAGAGAAAUUAAAUUUCUUCAGCAGGAAGAAUAUGAUAUUCUCAAUGAGAAUUUCAAUAAUGCAGUCAACAAGUUAACUUCAUUAAUUGACUUUCUCGCACAGUCCCAUGCUAUCCCUGCCAAAGUCAAGAUCACAAUAUUAACUGAAGAAUUAUUCAGAGAUCUUCAGUCGAAGCCCAAAAAAGCAGAAUACAUAAAAAAUCAAACAGAGUUUAAGAUCGCAAAUCUUUGCAUGCUUUACCAGAACGAUGCGGAUUCACAGGCCCCUGAUGAUACGCUUUUAUAUAUAUUCGGUCUUUGCAUCCCGAGAUUUAAUCACUCGGUUCACUUUUUAGAAUUAAACUCUCAGCAAGAUCGUUUCAACAGAUGGCUGUUUUCGCCAACAAAUCCGAUUGAUUACAAAAUUACAGAAUUUCUCGAAAACUUUUCAAAAUUACCUCGAAGAGACUUCACAAAUCAAGUAUUUAAGCUCUUUGGAUUCUUAAAGGAACAAUUUCCACAAAAGGAUCCAAUUCUGGGCUCGAUUUUCGUAAUUAUGUUUAUUCGUGCAAUUUUUGAUGCCUGCAUCGCAAUUAACUACGCAUACUUUUUCCCGCAUUCAGAAUCGCGAGCAUAUACUAUAGUAUCGAAAAUCCAAAUGAAAGACAUAAAUCCUCCAAAAGAAUUUUUACCGAUUUUCAACGGAGAAGAAAUUGCUAGAGAUGUAUUUAUGCGAGACCCAAGAUACAGAUCAGCAGGAACCCACGUAACUGCAGCUUUCUUUCAGACAAACCCUUUAGAUGCCUUAUUUGAAAUUCACUUAGCGUUAAAGGAUAUGCAUGCAGGAUUAGCAUCAAGGAGGAAACCAAAUGAAGGUCGCCAGGUAUUACCUUUCGAAACAAUCUUUACAUUAUUUUUCGGCUCAUUACUUACGGCAGACUUGCCAGACCUUGAAGGUUUGGUCAAGUUUAUUGUUGAUUUCGCGCCUGCUGGUAGGCUGGCUCCAGAAUUUCAAUACGCGCAAGUUACGAUGAACGCAGUUCUCGCACAAUUCGAAACUUUCUUAUCAGAAAAAGCUAAGUCUGUUUAG